AUGCAACACUGUUUUGAACAAACCAGACGCAAGUCUCGUGCUCAUGUUACAAGUGGCAGCGGUGAAGCACCUAGUGGAAGUUUUACGAAACUUCUUAGCUCGAGGCAAAUGUUAUGUUCAGUGGCUAAUUGUGAUUGAUGCAAGGCUGAGGUUUGCAAGUGAGCUGCGAAAAGGGAACAGGAGGACGCUGAGGAAUACCUUUUACUUAUGAUCUGUUUUUUGUGUUACCUGUUUUCUCGCUAAAAAGGAGAUGGAUUUGCUGGGAUUGUUUUGGACGUGUCAUUGUUUUGUGGACUCUGUAACUGACAGAGCAUCAUGAAAAAGAAGAUCAACGAAUUUAUCGCUACCACCCCGAAAGAAAGUCGUUCAUGGAUUUAAGGAUCAACUUUUGGUCAUCAUGAGCACAGGUUUGAAGAAGCCACCGGUGGCACCCAAACCCAAACUUACUCCGACUCAGAAGCCAACUCCUCCCCCAGUCGCCCCCAAACCGGAUAUUGUCUUCUCUCACCCUUCUCCAGUAGCACCGAAAAAGGCCAAGCCAACUGUCGCCCCUAAACCUUGCAUUCCCAAAACAGCAACUGUCACUGAAUCCACACCUGUUACUUUUACCUGUGCUCCAGAGAGGAACAGCAGUUCAGAAAACCUGGGCCUGCUCAACUCUAAAAAUGGAGUGCAUGUGGAGCUCAACAAACCAGGCUCAGACUACAUUAUACCAACUUGCACCUGCAGCCAGGAUAGUUUUUCACACUGUCAACACGUGGGGAUCUGUAAAACUACUGAGAUCAUGUUUGAGCCACUGGAAAAACCCCUGGAAACAUGGCAGGCUGACAGAACGGAGACGUCUGGAUCGCGGAUCUCGCCGGUUUCUCCAAUUCACCCUGAACUGGAGAAUGGGCACGAUGAAAUGGGGAUUAACAAGAGUCCAGUUGUCAAUGCCAGCUUUCUGGAGCAAAAACUGAAUGAGGUUUGGGUCCAGGCUCUUUCCACUAAUUGCUUCCAAAAUGACACACCUCUGGAAAAGCCCCUAGUUCAGAGCGAUGAGGCUGAGACACUGGAUCAGAACCUGAACCUAGUUGGAGACACGGACGGCUCUGUUAAGAGGCAGUCGCUCUCUGAAAGAUCGGGUGACGAUGCUAACGGUAAUCUCUCCAUUCCCAUUUUCGGCCAAUCACAGCAGCAAAGCUCUGCACACACGGACAGCUCGGCCAGCUCCACAGAUAGUGACACAGCGGUCAGGGAUUCUGGGGAGUCUCAACGCGGGUCCCCGGUCCCAGCGGCCCCAAGGAAGCCCCUCCCAAUCCCCACUCCACGUAAAUCCAAGAAACUAGUCCUAGUUAGGCAGGAUGGUACAGAGAUGGCCACACCGGAGGAAAGUUCCAAAACAGUAGAGGAAUUGCUGAUUUCAAAUAGUUUUCUUCCGCCCUCUAAAGUUCACACACAGAGCGUAUUAGAUUUUAAAGACCCGUCCACCGAACAGGGAGUUUUCCCACCCUGCCAAGAAGGUGCUGAUAGUGUUGAGGACUCAAGUCCACCUGUUCCCCCUCCACGGCAGAUGUCCCUUCUGCUGGACCGUGACCAGAUGCCCAGCUUUUUUACCGAAGAGCCGCCGCUGAAGGUAGAAGAUGAGGAGGUCAGAUUGGGUGGCUGUGCCACCUCCGACAGUUUCGCGGUGGAGGAGGAUGGAGGAGGGUACUGUGACUUCGCCAGGUUCCCCGUCACCAGGGUUCUACCAAAACACGUCAAGCACGCCCGCUUGACGAUGGGAGACAGGGCGGCUUCGGCAGAGGAGAGGUCACCGAAGGUGGCCCCAAAGAAGCCUCAGAGGCACAGUUUGCCCGCGUCGGGGCUGCUUAGGAAGGAGCCGUCUGAGGAGGUUUCAGAGAGGGCGGGGGGUAGUGCGGGUGAGGGGGACCCUCAUUUGCCUCCGCAGGAUGAGCAUCCACCUGUAGACCAGCACGGUGAUGCUCUCGAUGAGAGCGAGGAGGUGGCGAGCGAGCCUCUGGUACCCUUGGUCGAAAAACCUUCACGGAGGUUUCCGCGGGCAAUUGGGCCUUUCUGUGGAAAAAAAGCACCCAGGAGCGGCCGCACCAGCGACGCACAAAGCAAGCCACCCAGAUCAGGUCUUGAGCCAAAGAGGGCAAAAUCCUUCUCCUCGGCGGACCUAGAGCAUGCAGGCAGCCAUAAAAGAAGCUCUUUCCGGAAGCUUCUGGAGCUCAAGCUCUCCAUGAAAAUGUUACCUAAGCUGCUGGCCAAGGGCACCCAGUCUCUGGACUGCACCACCGUGGAAAUGGAAAAGUCUAUCGAUGACGAAUGGACUCAAGAAGACCCGGAGAGCAGCGCUAUCAAUAACCAACAGGCUCCCCUGCCGAAUGGCCAGGACACAUCGCCCAGUAGUACUUUGUCCGUCGAGCACAAACCAUUGUGUCCGCAGACCAGCUUGGAUCAGAGCGUAGAUGAUGAAGAAUUCUGCAUUGGGGUGGAGACCGCAGUGGAAUACGAGAACCUUCCGUUCUACGAGGAAAUCCCUGAGUAUAUGAACCUGCCGUUCCUGAACGCCAGGGGGGCACUGGGCCACCGGCGGGCCUAUCUGAGCUGGCACAACUCGUCCAGCUUGGAAGACGGCGACGAGGACGUCUACGAGGAACAGGAGCCGUACGCGUCUCGUGAAAACCACGUCCUGAACGAGCGGCAUUGCCAGGUCCACAGGAGGGUCUGUCUGGAGCGGAGCGAUGGCUCGGAUGUUCGGCACUCCGGAGAAGAGGAAGUGGUGGACAGCUCUGACGAGGAUGACGAUGACAGCUUCGCCUCCAGUAAAGGGGAACUGGAGCUCUUAGCCGACAGACAGCAUGAAGUUGGACUAAAGAAGACCAAGGUGGUCCACAUCGCUAAGGAGAUCGUGAGCUCCGAGAAAGUAUUUGUGGAUGUCUUGAAGCUUCUGCAUAUCGAUUUCCGAGACGCGGUGGCCAAGGCCUCGCGGCUGAGCGGGAAGGCCGUGAUCGAGGAGCGGGUUCUGACCCAGAUCCUGUACUACCUGCCCCAGCUGUACGAGCUCAACCGAGACCUGCUGAGAGAGCUGGAGGAGAGGGUGGCCCGCUGGAGCGACCAUCAGCGCCUUGCGGACGUCUUUGUGAAGAAGGGCCCGUACCUGAAGAUGUACUCCACCUACAUCCGCGAGUUCGACAAGAACGUGGCCCUGCUGGACGAGCAGUGCCGGAAGAACUCGGGCUUCGCUGGAGUCGUCAGGGAGUUCGAGAUGAGUCCUCGCUGUGCAAAUCUGGCUCUGAAGCACUACCUUCUGAAGCCUGUCCAGAGGAUCCCCCAGUAUCAGCUGCUGCUCACAGACUAUUUGAAGAACCUGGCUGAAGACUCAUCUGACUUCAAAGACACACAAUCCGCCCUGGGCAUAGUGAAGGAAGUGGCCAACCAUGCCAAUGACAUCAUGAAGCAAGGGGAUAACUUCCAGAAGCUUAUGCAGGUUCAGUACAGCUUGACUGGCCACCACGAGAUCGUCCAGCCCGGGAGGGUGUUCCUUAAGGAGGGAACUCUGAUGAAGCUGUCCCGGAAGGUCAUGCAGCCGAGGAUGUUCUUCCUGUUCAACGACACCAUGCUGUACACCACCCCUGUGCCCUCUGGCCAGUAUAAGCUCAACUGCAUGCUGUCUCUGGCGGGGAUGAAGGUGAGCAAACCCACCCAGGAGGCUUAUCAGAACGAGCUGAACAUCGAGAGCGUUGAGCGAUCCUUCAUUCUGUCUGCCAGUUCAGCAACGGAGCGUGACGAGUGGCUGGAAGCCAUCUCCAAAGCCAUGGAGGACUACACCAGGAAGAAGAUCACCUUCUUCUGCAGCAAGAGCCAGGAGGAGGCUGGUGGGGGCGGGGGGGACAGCGGGGCCCCGCUGGGGGCCAAGGCGCCGAUCUGGAUCCCUGACCUGCGCGCCACCAUGUGCAUGAUCUGCACCUGCGAGUUCACCCUCACCUGGAGGCGACAUCACUGCCGGGCCUGUGGGAAGGUUGUGUGCCAGUCCUGCUCCUCCCACAAGCACUAUCUGGAGUACCUGAAGAACCAGCUGGCCCGAGUGUGUGACCACUGCUUCCUCAAGCUGCAGCAGAAGAGUGACCGGCCUGCAUCCACCACCGUCUCCCCCAGCACAAGAACCUCUAGCGGGGCCUUCUCCUCUGUCCUCAUCCCCUCCAGAAAGCAGAAGAAGAUCCCUGCUGCACUCAAAGAGGUGUCUGCAAAUACGGAGAACUCUUCAAUGAGCGGCUACCUUCAGAGGUCAAAGGGCAGCAAGAAGCAGUGGAAAAGGCUGUGGUUCGUCAUCAAAAACAAAGUCUUGUACACAUAUGCUGCCAGUGAGGACGUGGCAGCGCUGGAGAGCCAGCCCUUACUGGGGUUCUUCCUGAGAGAGGAGCGAUCGGGCGAAGCCCAGAAGCUGCAGUUCAAGCUCUACCACAAAAACACUCUGUUCUACAUCUUCAAGGCUGACGACUGCCUUACUGCACAGAGAUGGAUUGACGCGUUCCAGGAAGCCAUGAUCCUCUAACCAUUCCAUUGUUUUAAUAGCAAAUCCAAUCACCAGCAUUAACGACAGCUUUCAGUCAAUGGGGUGAACUUUCUAGUGCAGUGGGCGUGGUAAUCUUGUGGUGGGCGUCUCCAUGGUGCUACAGUGUGCCGCAGUUCAGCGUGGAGGACCGAUAAACAUUUGAGGAUGUUUUGUUUUGUCUCUAUGAACUGUGAUCUACAAAAAAAAAUCUCUGCUGAAAGUCCAGGUUGUAUGGUGAACACAAUCACUGGGCAGCAUAAGAACCAGCAAAAAUCCAACAGUUUCCUUCCAUGAAGAGGAGGCGAGUGUAGGCCAGUGCUGUAGUCCAUGCAU